GCGGAGGGAGGGCCGGCGAGGCAGGAAUGCGCCGCGCAGGAGGCAGCGGCGGGACAAGUAAGGGCAAGUCCCCCGAGCUGCCGCCCGGCGCGCAGACGGAGCCCAGGGGAGCGGGCGAGCGGGCAGGGGCGCGAGCGCGGCUGGGCGCACGGGGCAGAGGCGGCGGGGCCGCUGCGGCCGGAGCGGGCGCAGGGUGACGGGGCAGGCGCCGGGGCGCGCGCACCAGCGGCCGGGGCGCGGGCGAGCAGGGCGCACCGCGCGCGCGGCCCGCGGCGGCGGCCGGGCCCGGGCCCCAUGACGGCGGCGGCGGCGGCGGUGCUGAAGGAGGGCGUCCUGGAGAAGCGCAGCGGCGGCCUCUUGCAGCAGUGGAAGCGGAAACGCUGCGUGCUCACCGAGCGCGGGCUGCAGCUCUUCGAGGCCAAGGGCACGGGCGGCCGGCCCAAGGAGCUCAGCUUUGCGCGCAUCAAGGCCGUGGAGUGCGUGGAGAGCACUGGGCGUCACAUCUACUUCACGCUGGUGACCGAGGGCGGCGGUGAGAUCGACUUCCGCUGUCCCCUCGAGGACCCGGGCUGGAAUGCCCAGAUCACCCUGGGCCUGGUCAAGUUCAAGAACCAGCAGGCCAUCCAGACGGUGCGGGCCCGGCAGGGCCUGGGGACCGGAACCCUCGUGUCCUGAAGGGCCGGGCGCACUGUCCGACCUCCCGGCCCCCCACCACCUCGGCGCGGGGCCACAUCAGAUGCCUGCCCUGGGAACAGGGAGCGGGUCGGAACGCUCUGUGCCGCUCCGGUGUUCAUUUCCCUGCGCCCCGGCCCCCGUGGCACGCGGGGGCUCACUGCGCCCCACCUGGCGAGGAGGCAGAGCCGCGGCCACCCACCGGCGGGAGGCGCGGGCGGCCGGACAGGAGGGCAGAGGCUGCGGAUGACGAGUCAGCCCUGGCCCCGCUCGGACGCCGGAGCGGGACGUCCGCAGGCCAGGACCUUCCCGCGGCAGGCCUGACAGGUGGAUCCUGAGGGGCGCCGGGCCGGGGAGACCCCCCGCCGCCCGCGGAGGCCCUGCCACGGGUCCCGCCGACUGCUGCCUGUCACCGGCCCGGUGCUGCGCCUGAGGAGGGCAGAGCCCGCGGGGCGCUCCGCCACGGGACCCAGGGGGCGCCUCCAGACGGACCGUGGCCAGGUCGGCGGGAGCUGACGGGUCUGAGGCCCACACCGGGGGUCUCCUGCUGCUUAGGUCCCUCCGGGACCCCCGCCCCUCCAGACCCUCUGUUUGCACACUUCUCCCUCUCCCCCCGCCCCCCCGUCCUGUUCUUCUGUCCCCGCUGCGCUGCCAGGCCUGGAGGCGGCGGACUGGGGUGGGGGUUUGGCCGCUACCAUUUCAUGCCUAUCCCAAAAUGAAGAGCCCCGCGAGGGGCGGCGGCCGCACCGUUUGCUGCGCGGAAUUCUUUGCCCACAGAGGCCCCGUGCUCGGAGCGUCCCUGCGCCUCAGGUUCCCGAUGCACAGCUUGUUCUGCAAUCUCCAGCCUGGGCGGGGCUGGGCAGGGGCAGCGCAAGCCUGGGAGACACGGCCUCGGUGGUCCCAGGAAGGGGCGGCCGCAGGGCCUGCACGCAGGGUGCUCUGCCGGCCCGGUCGGCCCCGGAAGCUAGCGUGGCCGGCCCCUGCUGGCCUGGGCGGCGGCCCCCCAGCUCCUGGGCAGAGGCUCUCCCCUGAGUUUGCAGACUCGGGCUCAAUACACUGACACAGUGGCUACUCCUUCCUGAUGGGCUGAGAGGCGUGAGGUCAGCAGGGGGGCUGAGGUGCCGUAGCGGUGCCCCCUGUUCCGUGGAGACUGUUAAUCGGGGACCGCAGCUCCCCCCCCGGUGCUCCCCCAUCCACCUUCCCUGGGGCAGAGCGGCGGCCUCCACGGAGCCUCAGGAACAGGGGUGCUGGGUGACCCUCUUCGAGGCGAAGUCUCUGACAGCCUCUGUGCUCCCAGCCCGUGUCUCCCCCACCGCGUUUCUCUGACCGGCCAGAGCCCUGCCCCUCGCUCCGGCCCCUCGGAGUCCCCGGGAGCAUCUGCUCAUGUGCUGCGCAAGCUGCCCCUCGCCGGGGAAGGCGGAAGGCUCGUGCCCGGGAAUCUCUGCAGAGAUCGCAUGUAUGGUCUCACGCCGCUGCUCACGUGUCCCGUGGGUAGCCCGGUCCCGGGGCGGCACACGUGUCCUCUCCCGUACCAGCCUCGAAGAGGCCCGAGAAAGAUGUGGGCCCCCCGGAGAGUGGGGAUCAGCGAGGUCACGGGGGCCCUGGAGGGGCGGGGGCAUGGCCGCACCGACCCACGUGGGGGCGGACGAGUGGAGAGGUUCGCGGGCCGGAAUGGGGGAGGGUGGGCUGCACCCCUCAGCCCCCAAAGAGAAUCUUUGCUCUUCCAUUCAAAGCCAAGGUGACCCAUGGUGGGGAUUCGGGGUCCAAGGAGGUCCCCAGGUCCACUGGAAAAGGAGCGUGUUUGUGAGCCACUGGGAUCAGAUGCAAGAGACACGGUCGCUCAGCACGCAGGCUCCCAGCCUCGUGGGCGGGCGCUGGCCGUGCAGAGGGGACCUCUGCGCGAGGAGCCGAGCUCAGCGGGGACGAGAACCGCCAGCUAGUGCCAUCGC